AUGCUUUCAAUAGAAAAAGAAAAUUCUAGAGUUGCUACAACUAAACCAUUAGAUGAACUUUUUACGAAUGUCGGUCAAAAGUUUGAGACAGAGACCGUAAAGCAUGAAGGCUAUCGUUUUGACUACCCGUUAAGAUGGUUAAGAGACCCAUCUGUCACAAAAGCUAUUGGCUUUCGUAGAAUGAAGUUCAUUUCAGAAGCCAUACAUGGUUUCCCAUUUACAGUCGGUUUUGAAGUUCGAUACUAUAACAAAGAAAAACGUAUGUAUGAGAAAUUUGAACAGGGAAAACUUUUACAAGUGAAUUUGCUUGUAAACUUAGAAACAACUCUUCAAGCUUUUCAAGAAAAAAUAAACGACAUCUAUAUCGAAUAUGCAAACCAGUAUAACAUUGACGAGGGAGAGUACCAUCUCGAUAUUAUAUAUGACAGGAAAAAUGCAACUGUUAAAAUCAAUAGAAUAGAAGACCUUGGAGAAAACGUUUAUAUUUCUACAAAAUAUAACAACUUGGCAUGGUAUAGAUUUCUGA